UUUGUUACUUCAAUUCACAUAUAUCAAUUAAUAAUACUAUUCAAGAAUGUCAAUUCCAGAUAAACAAUACGGUUUCUUUUAUACCAAGGCCGACGGUCUUAAGCUUAAAGAGGAUUUACCAGUCGGUAAACCAGGUCCAGGCCAACUUUUAUUAAAAGUUGAUGCUGUUGGAUUGUGUCAUUCGGAUUUACACAUCAUUUAUGAAGGGUUAGAUUGUGGUGACAAUUACGUUAUGGGCCAUGAAAUUGCUGGUUCAGUUGCCGCUCUCGGCCCAGAAACAGUAGGAUUUAAAAUUGGUGAAAGAGUUGCUUGUGUUGGCCCUAAUGGUUGUGGUAUCUGUAGAGAAUGCCGUGCUGGGUUAGACAAUGUAUGUAAGAAUGCAUUUUUAGAUUGGUUUGGUUUAGGUUAUAACGGAGGUUAUGAACAAUAUUUAUUGGUCAAGAGACCUCGUAAUUUGGUUAGAAUUCCCGAUAACGUCACAUCCGACCAAGCAGCAGCCAUAACAGACGCGGUAUUAACUCCAUACCACGCAGUUAAAUUGGCUGGUAUUAAUCCAACUUCCAAUGUUUUAAUUAUCGGUGCCGGUGGGUUAGGUAUCAAUGGUAUUCAAAUUGCCAAGGCAUUUGGUGCAAAGAUUACCGUUUUGGAUAAAAAAGAAGAAGCAAGAAAGAUUGUCAAGGAACUUGGUGUUUCUGUUUACGAAUCUUUACCUUCAGAUGUUCAGCCUGGUUCAUUCGAUGUUUGUCUUGAUUUCGUUGUUGUUCAACCAACAUUUGACUUGUGUCAAAAGUAUACUAAACCAAAGGGAAUCAUUAUUCCAGUUGGUUUAGGAGCUCCAAAAGUUUCUUUUGAUUUGGGAGAUUUGGCUCUUCGUGAAAUCAACAUUUUGGGUAGUUUCUGGGGUACAUCUAAUGAUUUAGAAGAAGCAUUUGAAUUGGUCAGUAAAGGAUUGGUCACUCCAAAGGUGGCCAAAGCUCCUUUAAAAGAAUUGCCAACAUAUAUCAAGAAAUUGAAGAAUAAUGAAUACGAAGGUAGAGUUGUUUUCAAUCCUUAGGUUUAAAUUUCUAGAUUAAAAGAUUUUGGAGGGUUAUAGUUGGAGAAUUUUGUCUCGAAAGCACUGCGGUUAUUUUUUAUUUCCGUAUUCGGACGUCUUUUUUUUUCUCUUAAAAAAUAUUUUUGCAGCAAUUUUGUUAUAGUUUACUAGCAAUC